AUGACCAGAAUACUAAAAGUGUCCGAUGAACUGGCACUAGUAUGCCGAAAAGUAAAUCAGUCGCCAGAAAUCCUCAAUUCUUCUGAAGAAAAAAAUUGUCAAAGACGUGAAAUAGCCUCAUUAUGUAAGAUUAUGAGUAAUCUACGAGCUCUGGUUCUACAAAGUUUCAAAAAAUUGCACCGCACCAGGAUGAAAGUAUUUGAAGGAGAUUUGAGGGCGUUGACUGCUGCUAGAAUUAAGGUUAAUCAAGAAUACAAAAAUAAUAAGAAUGUUGAAGAUGAAGAAUCAAUUAAAUCUAUGAUUAAAUUUGGAGAGGAUGUUGAAAAAGAGUUAAGAACACAAGUAAUUCAAGCACGGGAAGUUAAACCUGGUGUAUAUGAAGCAAAAAUAACAAAAGAAACCUUGAAGGUAGAAAAUAUUCCUUAUAAUGACAAAGCCGUAUCGGAUAAUCCAAAUGGUCCUAGUCCAUGUUGUCAAGAUCAAGCACGAAAUAAAUAA